AUGUCGACCUCAGCAUCCGCUGCUCCAAGUCCGAAAGGGGUCCAUUACAAUACCUCUCUCACAGCCGCUUUACUCCGAGGUGCUUGGGCAGAAUCAAAUCCGGGUCAUGCACCCAACAAGACUGAGCUGAGCUGGGGUGAACUAGUAAGAAAGUGGGGGAAACAUACCGGUGGUAAUACCUCUUUGAUACAUCUUCUUCGCGAUAUAUCACUACUAUACCUCUCCUCAACCUCUCACUCUACCACCUCAUCCUCGGGCUAUCUCACAGUGUCCUCCACACAAGCCGGUUCAUCCGUAAUUAACGAAGCGCCAGGAUCAAGUAAUUCAUCCAAUGAUUCGGCCGGUACAGCCAAUACAGGAUCUCACUCAUCUUUCGUACAUAUCCCACACCCACACUUACGACAUCGUAAGAAAGCUUCGCUGGAUAUUCCAGAUGCCUCUUCUUCGUCGAUCACAGGAAGUGGAACAAGUACGAUACGUCCAUCGGAUGUUGGAACUUCGUCUAAAGCGAGCUAUCUCAGUUCGGGUGAUUUAGAUGGUGAUGAGACGGAUGAUACAAGAGGGUGGGCGGAAGGGAACUUGUGGUGGAAUGGGGUCAGUCCUGAGGGUGUAGAGGAAGUCAAAGAGGGCACAAAGAGCUUGGAAGGUUUGAUAACAAGCGGGAAAUUGUCCAGCGCUGAGACUACCUCUGCAAAAUUCAUCUUGGCAUAUCAUCUGCAUGCUCUUGGGUCUCACGAGGAUGUACUGAAGAUAUAUGAAGGUAUAGAUUGGAGUAGUGAAAAUCGAUUUGGAGCGGUACAAGGUGAUUCUGCUGUCUUGGAGAGGAUACGCGCAAGAUGUCUACAAGGACUGUCCUAUGAAUUAGCACAGAAUCCAGAUUAUCAGAAAUCCAUACAGUCUUACCUCCUUACAAUACCCCUGUUACAAUCCUUAUCUUCAUAUAACUUACCAACACCAACUUACCUCUCCAACCAAACAUCACCCAAAGCGACUUUUGAUCCCCAGCGCGAAGUAUAUCGCUGGAUAUCUACGGCCUUAACACGUGCUGCUGUUCUCUCAGCUCGACAGCCUCAUUCAACUACUCAAGACUCUCAAAAUACUUUACGGAUCUUACGUACGUACCACGCUUUCAGCUCUUCGUGGCCUCCAAGCUUCCGCCCAAUACAAAGGCAACGAAUGCUGUCUCUUUACCUCAGAGCGUUGGAAUCCUCUUAUCCUUCUCCUCGCCAACCUCCUUCGGAAUCACCGCUCCUCUAUUCCACCAUCGUACCAUCGACUACAUCUGCUCGUGCAUUGUGGACAAAAGAGGUGAUCGAGGCCAUCCAUCAAGGACGCACAUUACUCCAAUCUACCACGUCAUUCCCGAGAGCAGGAUCGAUAAAUCGCCCUGUAACUGAAUUUAGCGAAUUGGCUGUAAGCUUAUACAGUAAAUCCGCUGAAUUGGGCAGAGAGGUCAUAUCGGUAUUAUGGUGGUCUAUGACUUUGACAUUCCAAUCUCAGACUAUUCUACGACACCUCACACAUUUAUUAGCGGAUAUAGGAGAUUCGCUGGAUGCUAAAAGGGUGUUUGAGCUGUAUGUCCAGUUGGUACUGAAGGCGAGAGAGACUCAACAACCUGAAGUGUCCUUGCAACUCAAACGAAGACCUACCAAUGAAGAUGCAGCUUCGCCUGAACAGAUAAAGAAACAGUUGGAAGGUUCCAAUACGUCUGAAGAACAAAAGGGCCAGAUUGGAGCUGAAAGUGAGAUUGAUAGUGAUAAGCAAUUCAUCGAGACUCUCUUAGCUGGUGCGAGGCUCUUAGCGAGAGAUCUGGGUGAGAUCGAAGAUGCUUGGAGAUAUGUGGUCUUAGCUGGCGAUGUUCUUAAUACGACUGGGGGGAUCGAAAUUGGUGUGACGGAUGAGUUGAAAGCUAGGAUCGAAGAAGCCAAAGGUAUAGUAAGAAUGGGGUUAGCAGUGCACACCGCCGACACAAUCGAGAGACCCACGUACCAAGCUCAAGCUAUCAAUCACUUGACAGCUGCUAUCGAUCUCUUCCCUUCUUCUUCCGGCUACUAUCAUUUGGCUCAUUGUCAAUCGGAAGCUCGAUCGAUCGACGCUGCGACUCAAAGUAUACGUUCGUCACUCGAGAUGGACCCUACCAAUGUCCAAGCGUGGCAUCUGUUGGCGUUAUUAUUGACCGCUAGGAGGGAUUGGGAAGGUGCGCUCAAGGCUUGCGAAGCUGGAAUAAGCGUGUGGGAAGCGGAUGAAGAGAUCUCAUCGAGUCAAGAGGAUUUAGUAGGUGAGAAUGAAGUUGAAUCGAGGGAUUUCGCGGUACAACCUCCUACACCGACCAACCCUUCUUCCACUACUGGCCAUGGGAACGGUACAGCGGCAAGCUCACUUAUCAAUGAAGAUGGGUCUUUCCCUCAUUUAUCCAUUUCUCCACCUAAAGUGACACCAUUGAGUAAAUCAGCAAGGUUAGAACAUGUUAUCAGACUUCGAAUGACCCUGAAUGUGAUCAUAGAGAAAAUCCAAGGACCAGAAUUAGCGAUGUUGAAACAGCAGGAAUUGUUCGCUUUCUUCUCUGCUAGAUCGGGGAAGAACAGAAAGAAACUAGGAUAUUCGACUGGAUUUGGGAAAUCGAAUGGGAUGAAAUCUGUGGCUAGCUCUAGUAGUCUGACCGCUCUGCCAGGUACGGAAGGUGAGAAAGUGGAGGAUUUGGGUGGGAGCUUUGUCAGUGUGGGAGUGAAUGAUGGUGGUGUUGUCUCUGUUCAACCUCCAACACCCAUGACUGAGAAACCUCAGCCAAACGCUAUUUCCCUUGCUCCGCCAAUUUCUGAGAAACCACCAAUAACGGUUCAAUCACCCUCACCAUCCCCUUCACCCACUCCCACUCCUCAACUUAGUAAUGCCGGUGCGCUAGUCAUCCCUGAAGGGGAAGACGGAAAGUCCCGAAGGAGAAGUCUUUCUGUUCGAUCAAAGAAACAUCUACAUGUACCUGGUCAAGGACAAGCUCAAGUACAGGGUACAACUCAGCCAAUUUCCGCACCUGUGUCUAGACCAAGUAGUAUAAGGAGAUUAUCAUCCACUUCACCCACGAUUCAACAGCAGGGUGUCAGGGAGAGAUCGGCUUCGGCAGCUCAGUCAUUAGCACCUACUGCUAUUCAUUCUCAUUUUAGGAACUAUGCUCCAUCCUCUCGAACGAUCUUACCUCCUCCUCCACCUAUCCAACAGCCCACUAUGGAAGAACAUGGACGUACGCCCGCUGAAUCUAGGAUACUGUCGAAUCUGUGGUUGAUGUCUGCAGCGACGUUCAGACGAUGGGGUAAACUCGAGCAGUGUCUGGUGGCUAUCGAAGAAGCUGAGGUUUUAGAUCCUGAGAAUCCAGAUGUUUGGGUUCAGUUGGGAAUGUAUCAUCAAGUGAUCAAUAAACAGAAUCCUUCCAGUUCUACGACCACCAACGAUAACGAAGGAGAAGGUGAAAGUAAACCAACGGAUAAUCAAGCUGAAUCGUCAUUCGUUAAAUCCCUCUUGAUCAGACCAGAUCAUUCAUCAGCCAUCAUAGGUUUAUCCAAAAUAUACCUCGAAUCACAUCAAGUGGAUUUGGCUGAAAUACUGUUGAAUUCCCUAACGCAGGAAAAAGGUUGGGAUUUGGUACAGGCUUGGUACCUCCUUGGGAAAGUCUGUGAAUCCCAGGGAAGGAAUACGAGAGCAAGGGAAUGUUGGGAAUUCGCCUUGGGGUUGGAGAGGAGUGGACCUGUUAGGGAAUGGAAUCAGGUUGGAAGGUGGUUAUAA